GACGCUGUCACAUUCACACUUUAUACUUUUAUGACUCUCAUCGCAAGAGCAUUCUCAACAGCUGUUCAUCAUAACCCUUUCAAACUAGCGAUUGUAGGUAGUGGUCCUGCAGGUUUCUAUACAGCCCAUCGUUUAUUAAAGGAAUGGCCUGAUUCACACAUAAGCAUGUUUGACAGUUUACCUGUACCGCAUGGUCUUGUUCGUUUUGGUGUUGCACCUGAUCACCCUGAAGUGAAGAAUGUCAUGACCACAUUUGACAAAGUGGCCGAAGACGAUCGGAUCCGUUUCUUUGGUAAUGUCCCUAUUGGUACGGGUUCGAGCCAGAGUUUAAGUAUACAAGACCUUCAAGCUCAUUUUGAUGCUGUCUUAUUAUCCUAUGGCGCGAGUGAAGAUAGAAAGAUGGGCAUCCCCGGUGAAGAUGCUUACGGCGUUGAGUCGGCCCGAAGCUUUGUAGGGUGGUAUAACGGACAUCCUGAAUUCAAAGACCUUCGAUUGCCCCUGCAAGAUACUGAGACAGCAGUUGUAGUGGGUCAGGGCAAUGUAGCACUGGAUAUUGCACGUAUCCUAUUGACCCCUGUGGAUGAAUUGCGCAAGACAGACAUGACAGAAUAUGCUCUCGAAGCACUCUCUAAAAGUAAAAUUAAGCAUGUUCAUGUCGUUGGUAGAAGAGGACCUGUGCAGGUCUCAUUUACUUCAAAAGAACUAAGAGAACAAAUGUCUAUUCCCGGUGUACAAUUCAAUGCAGAUAUGGAUUUCAUCCAUAGUCAAAUUCAAGCAUCAGAAGCUGUCAUUAACAAAAACAGAGCAUGGAAACGACUGAUGGCCCUUUUGGAAAAAGGCUCACCUACGAAACAAGCCGAAAAAUCAUGGACAGCCAAGUUUUUGCGUAGUCCUGUCCAAAUCUUGACCAACGAUACAAAUAGAGUGACUGGUAUUCAAUACGAAAUCAAUCGUUUAGAAGGUCCAUUAGAACAUCCAAAGGCUGUUGGUACAGGUGAAUAUGAAACACAGAUGUGUGGUUUAGUCUUGACAAGUAUUGGUUAUAAAAGUAUACCUAUUCAAGGUAUUCCGUUUGAUCACCGUCAAGGGCGUGUACCUAACCGUUUUGGUAAAAUAAUGGAUCAAGAUGGUCAUGAAUUGAAUGGUAUGUAUACAGCUGGCUGGUUGAAGCGAGGUCCCACUGGUGUGAUUGUGUCUACAAUGGCAGAUGCCUAUGAGACAGCAGAUACUAUAGUAAAUGAUCUAAAGCAACAAAAGCCCAUGCUGGUCCAUUCUAAUAAGGCAGGUGCAGAAGGGCUUCAGUCUAUCAUGCAAGAACGUCAAAUUCAACCUGUCAGUUACCAAGAUUGGAAGAAGAUUGAGGCAGCUGAAUUUGCUAUGGGAGCCAAACUAGGUAAACCCCGUGAAAAGUUUACCAAUGUUCAAGAUAUGCUGGCUGUUCUUGGACAAUAAAGUUUAUCUACUCUCCUCUUAAA